AUGACCAUAUGGACCUGGAAGAUCUGCGGACUAUACAACGGCAGCCCUCAGUCUACAUUCUACCGGGCGUAUCGCUAUGGGUUUAUUAUAGCCCUGAUAGCGGUGUACUUGUUUGCACUGUCUCUCAACAUGUUCCUCUUGCAAACGUUCGAGCAACUUGUGCUGUACAUCAUGUACAUCGUAUUCACUGAGAUCGUGAUGCUGAUAAAAGCGCUUAUUAGCUACUACAAGUUCGAUGAAAUGUGCAAGCUAUAUAGGCUGACGAUCAGUAAAGACUUCCGGCCAAAGGAUGCUCUAGAAGAGCAGCUUUCCCGUAAGGGAAUCGGUGAGAUAAACUACUACUUCUAUUUAUAUCUAGUUACCACUCACUUGGCUAUUGCAAGCUCCCUGCUAUAUCUGCUUCAUACGGAAUAUCGAAUGCCGUAUUUCCCUUGGAUGUUUGGUAUCGAGUACGGACCUACGGAGCAAGUAAAUUACGGGAUUAUCUUCGGGUAUCAAGUGCUUGGCAUGUACUUUCACAUGUUAGUCAACGUUUCGAUAGACGUACAACUGUGUUACUUCCUUGGGAUGAUCGGCAUUCAGCUAGAUCUGCUCGGGAAACGUUUCCAAGCAUUGCGCACGUCGGAGCAGAUUCAGCAAUCCUUCGUAGAACUGGUACUUCACUAUCAAAAGAUUCAUCGGAUGAUCAGGGAUGUGGAAAAACUGUACUCUCUCGCAUUCUUUGCACAGUUCAGCGCAAGUGGUCUGGUUAUUUGUGCAACCGCAUUUAAGGCGUCCUCAAUGUUGAACCUGUCCAAGCUGACUGCUAUUCAAAAUAUACUGUACAUGUUAGCGAUGAUGUUUCAAAUGUUCUUGCCAUGCCGGUUUGGUAAUGAGAUUACCCGCAAAAGUAAUGCUCUCAAAACUGCUAUAUACAGUUCGCGAUGGUACGAUAUGCAACUGAAGGAUUUCAAAAUCAUGCACAUGUUACUACAAUGCAUGAAUAAACCGCUAACGUUGAAGGCCUCUUAUUACUUCAAUUACAAUUUACAAGCAUACACAACGACUCUUAAUAUAGCCUAUUCCGUUUAUGCUCUGCUUCAACGUAAAGCUUUAAAGAGAUAA